AGACCAUCGGCUACUUUCACACAUGACCGUGUUUGACGUGUCCAGAGCCUACGCCCGGCAGGAGGACGUCUUCUACAACGACGGCCGCGAGCUUGAACUUCUACGGUUUGUUUAUGGCAGGCCGGACCUCGACAAGAUUCGAGGCAACCCUACAAAGGUGCUCGAGGCAAUCGACGAGUAUGCCCGUACACAAAAGUACCUCAUGAAUGUGGGCGAAGACAAGGGCAGGAUUGUCGUUGACCUGAUAUCUGAGGUCAAGCCCAAGACGAUGGUCGAGUUGGGAGGCUACGUAGCUUAUUCUUGCAUCCUCUUUGCCGAUGCAGUGCGCGAGGCAGGCGGCGAGCGGUACUUCACCCUCGAAAGAGACCCGGUCUUUGGAGCUGUCAUCAUGGCCUUGGUCGACUUGGCCGGACUCAACGAUUUUGUCACGGUGGUCUUCGGCUCAAGUGACACCUCAAUCAAGAGAUUGCAUUCCGAGGGCGUCCUGAAGCACAUCGACAUGCUGUUCUUGGAUCACUACAAGCCGGCUUACAUGACGGACCUCAAGCUCUGCGAGGAGCUCCGUUUGGUGACGCCUGGUUCCGUGCUGGCAGCAGAUAAUGUUAUCAAACCCGGCAAUCCUCCGUAUCUAGAGUACGUCCGAAGCACAGUUGCACAGAAGCGCAAGGCGGUGGAAGGGGGUGAACAUGAGCUCGGCGUGCAAGGUCGAUUUCCUGAUUCGACUGCGAAACAAUAUGCCUGGCGACAAGACGGGGAGAGGCUAGUCAGCGCACGAGGGAACCCAAAUCUAGUCUACGAGAGCAGGCUCAUCAACAGCUUCGAGCCUACAGGUGUACCGGACGGCAUCGAGGUAACCCGUUGUGUUCGCGAAGAAUCAUAG